CGGCGGCGGCGGCGGUCCGGAUCCCGCUCUCGCUCCCGGCCGGGCCCCGCUCCCGGCGCGGAGGCGGCAGGUGCCCAGGACAUGCGGCGGCGGUAGGACGCGCGGCGGCGAUGGGCGGCCGGGGGCUGCCGGUGCCGCUGCUGCUGGGGCUGCCGCUGCUGCUGGGGCUGCCGGCGGCGGGGCGCGCCGCCUCCAAGGCGCUGGUGUGCCAGGAGAUCACGGUGCCGAUGUGCAAGGGCAUCGGCUACAACCUCACCUACAUGCCCAACCAGUUCAACCACGACACGCAGGACGAGGCCGGGCUGGAGGUGCACCAGUUCUGGCCGCUGGUGGAGAUCCAGUGCUCCCCGGACCUGCGCUUCUUCCUCUGCAGCAUGUACACCCCCAUCUGCCUGUCCGACUACACGAAGCCGCUGCCCCCCUGCCGCUCCGUCUGCGAGCGGGCCAAGGCCGGCUGCUCGCCCAUCAUGCAGCAGUACGGCUUUGCCUGGCCCGAGAGGAUGAGCUGCGACAGCCUGCCGGUGCUGGGGGACACCGAAGUGCUUUGCAUGGGAUACAACCACACGGAAGCCACCACCCUGCCGCCUUUCUUUGGGAAGCCCACGCGCCCUGCCAAGGACAUGGCCAAAAACCUGACGCCACUUGAUGGGCAGCGCCUCUCAGGGCUGGACUGUGGUCAGACUUGCAAGUGCAAAGCGCCCCUGAUCCCCAUCUCCAAGGAGUCCCAUCCGCUGUACAACCGCAUCAGGACUGGGAAGGUACUCAACUGUGCCAUCCCCUGCUACCAGCCCUACUUUACCCAGGAUGAGAAGACCUUUGCUACCUUCUGGAUCGGCCUCUGGUCCAUCCUCUGCUUCCUCUCCACCUCAACCACUGUGGCCACCUUCCUCAUUGAUAUGGAGCGCUUCAAGUACCCUGAGCGCCCCAUCAUCUUCCUCUCUGCCUGCUACCUCUUCGUCUCCAUGGGCUACAUUGUGCGGCUGGUGGCAGGGCACGCCAACGUGGCUUGCAACCCGGAGCACCACCACAUCCAUUAUGAGACCACAGGCCCUGCUCUCUGCACCGUGGUUUUCCUUCUCCUCUACUUCUUCGGCAUGGCCAGCUCCAUCUGGUGGGUCAUCCUGUCCCUCACCUGGUUCCUGGCAGCUGGCAUGAAGUGGGGCAAUGAGGCCAUUGCUAGCUACUCGCAGUACUUCCACCUGGCUGCCUGGCUCAUCCCCAGUGCCAAAUCCAUUGCUGUACUGGCACUGAGCUCUGUGGACGGUGACCCAGUGGCUGGGGUUUGCUAUGUGGGCAACCAGAGCCUGGAGAAUCUGCGGGGCUUUGUGCUGGCACCACUAGUGGUUUAUCUCUUCACUGGCAGCCUCUUCCUGCUGGCUGGCUUCGUCUCGCUCUUUCGCAUCCGCAGCGUGAUCAAGCAGGGCGGCACCAAAACUGACAAGCUGGAGAAGCUGAUGAUCCGCAUCGGCAUCUUCACCGUGCUUUACACUGUGCCUGCCACCAUUGUCAUUGCCUGCUACAUCUACGAGCAGCACAAUCGGGAGGCCUGGGAGCAGGCACAGAACUGCUCCUGCCCGGGGGACCCUCACCGCCCCAAGCCUGACUACGCUGUCUUCAUGCUCAAGUACUUCAUGUGCCUUGUGGUGGGGAUCACCUCCGGCGUUUGGAUCUGGUCUGGAAAGACACUCGAGUCCUGGAGGCGCUUCACCACCCGCUGCUGCCGGGCCAGGAAGCCUGUGGGCGCCUCUGUGUACGGUGAGGCCAGCCCGGCACUGGUGGGCAGGACGGUACUGCCCAGUAUGGCCUCCUACCACAAACAGGUCCCACUGUCCCACGUGUGACCAGAGGCAGCCUCGGUGACCUCAGCCACAGGGAGGAGAGGGUUGUGAAGACCCUGGGCCACAGAAGAGGGGGUGACAGCUGGGCCACCCCAGCAUCUUCAGCCCCACCGUGGCGGUGCUGCCUGGGACCACGAGCACGGAGCAGCUGCAGCCCCAGGCAGGGCAGGGGGAGGUGCUGCCAGCUAAGUGGGGGCAGAAGGACAGGGAGGCCUGGAGCCUGGCACUGCCAUGUAUGCCCCAUUUGGGGUCCCACAUCCUGGCUGGGGUCCUGGGAUGCUGCUGCCUGUGUGCCAAUCAGGUGGCAGUAGCCCUCAAGCACUGAUUUGUGUCCCACACCAAGCCUCUGGGCAGGUCUUGCUGGUGCUGGGGUGAAAGGCAGAGCUGUAGCAGGCAGGGCAGAUGGUGGCCCCCAACCCCAGGUGGGGGCUGGCACUGCCAUUGAGCCCCUCACUAAAGCCCAGAGAGUGAGUCAGGGAGAGCUGGCAGGGGUUGCUGCCUCCCUGGGUGCCCUGGGCAGAGCAGGAGACUGCUCUCAGUGCCCCCAGAGCCCCAGGCACAGCUGCAUAUUGAGGAGAAGGUUGGGUGCUCUGGUGUGAGGCAGCCGCUGGCCUUGCUCAGGCAGCAGCACACUGAGCAGGAGGGGAGGAGCUGCAUGGGCUGGGGGCUUCAGGGGUGGUGACAGUGCAGGAGGAAGGGGCUGUGGAGAGGAUCUUCCCCAGGGACGGGGUCCCAGCUGUCUGCAGCACAGGCAGGGACCGGGUGAUCCGCUGCAGUCCCUUUGCCCUGGGCAAGCACAUCCAGCUCCCUUCAGUGUGGAGCUCAGGACCGGGCAGGAGCUGGCUCUGGUGGGCUUGGCUGGGUGGCACUGACUGCCUGCUCUGCAAUGGGCAGCCAGCUCCACUGCCCAUGGAGCCACUGAGCCUGGGAGCUGAGGGGCUGCGCAAGGGGCUGUGCAGGUGGUGGAGCUGGGGUUUGCAAGGAGCCCUGGCACCGCUGGCUCUGGCACGGAGAGCGGGGCUCUCCUGAGCUGCCCUGGGAAGGGUCCAUGCUGCUCGUGCCUCUCGCCACUGCAGCGGGGCGAGUUCCUCGGUCUCCCUUGUCCCAUGUGGGUUACAUGGGGUGAGGGAAGCAGGCCCUGUGUCCUGCCCACCAGCUGUGGUGUGUGGCACAGCAGCUGAAUGUGGCACAGCAGCUGAGCGUGGCACAACCAGCCCUAGAAGGUUGCAAGCCAGGACUGCAGGGAUGGGGUGUCCCAGCCAGGCAGCAGGCUGUCUCUCCGGAGAAGCAGCUGGGAUUUCCAGACAGUCAGCUUCAAUACUUGUUGCUGCUUUUUUCAAAUCUGUGCCUCUGCUAGAGAGACUACCAGGUUUGAGAAGGAGCAGUUAAUUUAGGGAAACUUAGUAGAGCGCUCAUACUCUUUUCCUCCAGCUUCCCAAGCCUUUUCACUUCCUGGGAUCAGACAGCAGCUGAGCACCGACAGAACCAUUGCCUACCAUUAAGAAGUGGUGACAGCUGGGUUUCAGUAAGUAGAAUAAUGGUGGGGGGACCCUGUUGUCAGAGUCACUAAAUGUAGCCAGGGCAAGGGGCUCCAGCUGUGGCAUGGGAUGAGGCUGGCUGCCUCUGAUUUCAGGCCACUUGUGAAAGCACUCUUGUUUUAAUUUUUUUUUCUCCCUGCCCUAAGCAGUGGUGAUAUAUGUAACUACCAAGCUAUUACUGGAGUGCUUUUUGCCCUCCUUCAAGUGUGGCACUGUGACCCAGCUACUCAAGCACUGGAGAACAACUGCUGGCUUUGCUCCUGCAGGACUGCAAGGAUCUGAGGUUGUUCUUAAAACCCUUGGACCACUUCAGUCAAAAAAGUUUCCACCUCAUUUUAAAACCAAAACCUGGGAAGUGAGGGAACACUCAAGUGGCACAUCUCUGGAUAAAGGUAGUGUGUGAGUGUCUCUGGGGUGUCCUGGAUACAGGAAACAGAGGUGCAAGGAUGGAAGGCUCACCAGGGACUGUUCAGCUGCAUCCAUGUGCACUCUUGCAGUAUGGCUCACCCCCUCCAGUAUGUUGGUGUACUUUACUGUGGACAGAUUUGCACCAUAUUGUGUUACAAACUGUAAAUAAUUGUAUUAUAGCCUAAUUUGUACAUACAGAAGCCGUAGUGACCUUUGAUACAGGUUAGGGACAGGUGUGUUCUCAGCAGUGAGGCAGGUCAGGUGCAGAGACACUGUGGGUAGUCUCGUGCUGUAAUCCAGGGCAUUAAAUUAUUCCAACCUCCUCCAGUCCACACCUUGCUGGACUCCUCUCUCUCUCUCUCUCUAGUGCCUUUUGUAGAUACAGCUAAACACACAUCAUGCAAUACAAUGAACAAAAAAACCAUGUCAAAGGUGGUAUUUUGCUGUUUUUGUUUUUUCCAAAGUACAGCUGACUGUAAAGAAAUCUAAGAUUAGCUACAAAUUGUUGUCUAUUGAAAAAUGCAAGAGCGUUUUCAUCUUUAAUCUAACGGUAGGAUAAUACAAUCAACUCGUGUUUGAGCCUGGCUUCUCAGCAACAAGUGGCAGGAGGGGGGAAGGAGCCGUUGCCAUGUGCCCUGUCUGCUGUAGCCAAUUUACAUGUUGGGUUUUGCCUCUUCCGUUACCAAUGCUGUUCAAUGUUGCUUAAAUAACUGUACUAUAUUGUGUGAAAAGCUGAAGAAAUUUUAUUCAAAGAGAAGUAUCAACAUUAGUUAUUUAUGAGUAUAAAAAAAAAAUAGUGUGUAUUGUUUUCUUUA